UAUAAAUGAAAGCAUGUCUGGAAUUUCAUUCAUAACAUUGACAUCUCCUCUGAGAACAAACCUACCAUGCCUAGCUCAGUCACACAGUGCUUUCUCUUCUCUUGGGUGGUCCUCCUCUUCAGCCUCUGUCAGGGGGAGGGCCGACUCCGCCUGGGGCAGGAGGAGAACCAGAGGGCCUUGGUCUUGGAGUCAGUGAAGACAGGGAUCCUGAGCUCCAUGGGGAUGGAAAGGGAGGCUAGGCCCAAGGAAAUGGCCUCAGAAGAGGAGCUGAUGAGGAUGCAUAGGCUCUACAGGGAAAGACUGAGGCAGCUGAGAAGGAGCUCCAGUCAGGAGCUUCAUCCAGCCACAGUGGAGCCUCUCAAAGUGCUUUGGAGUGAUGAGGAACAUCCAUCAGAUAUGCUUUGGUACAGAGCUGUAUUCCACAAGAACCCAGCUGAAGCUCUACAGACAGCUGUUGGAUGGCUCUAAAGCUGCCGAGCCCACAAUUAGGGAUGAGGUUCAUGUGAAGAUCUAUGAGACGAAACCACUGAACUCUUCUCUAUUGAUUCACACAGAGACCCUUGUUCAGACGGUCGCUGCAAGAACUGGUGAUUUGACUUUGGACAUCAGAACUGUGGUUGGUAAGUGGAGUGGGAGGUCGGACGGCCACUCUCUGGUUGUGGAAGUAGAACUGGCCUUAGAAGAGGGAACUGAUCCCAAGAGGACUCCUCAGAUGGUCCUGGAGGUAGACCUUGUAGAACCUAGAUCAGUAGGCAGAAGAAGACGGACUCGCUCCAACAAAGAGGACAACUGUGACGAAGACGGUAGCUGCUGCCGAAAAUCCAUCAAUGUGUCCUUCAAGGAGAUUGGCUGGUCAGACUGGGUCGUGGCCCCCACUGGUUACAACAUGCAUUUCUGCGACGGCUCCUGUCCACACAACUACAAGCCAGCCAGCAUGCACGCGCAGGCAAAGUCUCGUCUUCACCACAUCAACAAGGGAGCAACACCUCACCCCUGUUGUGUGCCGGCAGCCUACGAGCCUGUGAUCCUCAUGCACUAUGACAGUUGGGGAAAGUUGAAGCUCACACCCUUCAAUGACUUGAUUGUCAGCAAAUGCCACUGUACUUGAGUCCUUCAGGGCAAGCCCAGGCAAGGACAAAAAAAAGAGUCAGAAUAAACCUUUUCCUUUAGUGCUACAUAUUGAAAUAGAAUGGAUAAUGUUUUCAAAGGACGUAAGAAAAGAACAUUUGUCAUGCUCAAUUAGUGACAUUACUAAUGUUCUUUUCAACAGCUAAGCAAACAAAAAUACCCAACAUUAUCCAUCACUUAUGGAUUUUGAGAGAAGUUACUGUGGAGCGAUGACUGAAAUUUACUAUUUUAUUUGGAAGAUAAACUUUGUUCAUCUCAUGUGGCCAUAAUAUCCUAUUCUUCCAAGACUAUGUAUAAAAUGAUAUUAUUUAUUGUAAUUUAUUUAACAGGGUCUAAAACGUAUUUGUAUUGUUUUGUAGUGUAGUUUUCAACGUUACACUAUUUAGAUUGAUCCUUACAUCACUGUACUGUAAAUAUGUAUUCAAUUUAAUGUAAUACUAUGUACAGUAUUAUUUCCAAACAUUUUGGAAGUUUGUCUGGAAAAAAACGUGUUUUUAAAAUGUCAGUUACUGUAGUGUGGAUAUUACACCUACUGUUUAUGUUGGAUUGUUGUGCCUGAAUGCGUAUGCACACAAACUUUACAACAAAUCUUUUUUACUCACAAAUUAUGUUUAACCCAUGUGUUUAAUUCCUUAGCAACAGUAAAAUAACUUGAAAUGAUUGUGCUUUACGGAAAACCAUCUAGAUAAUAUUUCAAAAUUUAGGGUGUGCCGUGAAAGACGUAAAAGAUAUGAUAGCCAAUAUCUUGCAUCUGUAGCUUUGAACCAUUUAUACAGUGGCUUUGACCAAAGACUGAAUGACCUGCGGGACAAAUUAACUAAGUAUUUGAUUUUGCAUGACAGCAAGAAUAGCACACAGAACACAUUAUGACAUGAAUUGUAAACUCAGCACCAUGAACAGAUAUCAUAUCUCUAAACAAUAAAUACAAUUUAUUUUAAUGUAAUAUAAUGUGAAAGGCAAUACUGUAUCUCGAUAACCACAAUGAAAUAUUAUAGAGAUAAGUUUGGAUAAAUAAAGAGAGAACAAAUAAUGCCAAAGAUAGUGUUUGAUAAUUAUAAGCAUCA